AUGUCUCAAAACUCUUCUUUUCCCCAAAGAAGUCACUCAACCAAGUCAGUCUUGCAUGGGAAAACCAAUGGGCGUCCUUAUGUUCGCCGUGAUCUUCUCUUGUCCCACUACGUUAAGGCUAGCAUUCCUCCUGGAGGCCUUCUUGCCCGAGUCAGAGACGUUGGGUAUGUAGUGCCAGCCAAUGAGGUUGCAGAAUUUUGGGAAAAAAGCUACUACUACGACGAGAUUAUGUACUCUGCCAGCUACAUUGACGGUGACGAUAAAGAUGAAAGUGGCAGAGGUAUUCACCUCAGAGAGGAUAUUGUUCACAACCACAUCGUUGACGAGGUUUCCGAAGAGGAUGAAGUCGUGAGAAAGCUUGAGGAAAUUGCUGAAUGA